CCUUACCUUUCUUUUAUGAUCAUUGGUUCACAACAUUCUCUCCGCAUAUCUCUCCCUCUGAAUAUUGCUACAGUAAAACAGCACACCACACAACGGCAGACUAUACCACAGCGAGCAACAAACGAAAUAGCAAACAUGCUAGCAAUUCGCAAUUCAUUUAUCAAAUCCACCAGAAAUGUUCCGGUCAUUUUGGGAUGUCGUAACAAGCAUACACUUCCGGAUUUACCGUACGAUUUUGGAGCUCUAGAGCCAGUCAUCUGUCGUGAAAUUAUGGAGCUCCACCAUCAAAAGCAUCACAAUGCUUACGUUACAAAUCUCAACGCUGCAGAGGAGCAGUUAAAAGAAGCUGUCGCUAAAAACGAUGCUUCGAAAAUUAUUCAGCUUGGAUCAGCUCUAAAAUUCAAUGGAGGUGGUCAUAUAAACCACUCCAUUUUUUGGAAGAACCUGUCGCCCGACAAAUCUGACCCGUCGGCCGAAUUGAAGCAAGCUCUUGAGCGGGACUUCCAGGGAAUGGAAAAUUUCAAAAAGGAAAUGAAAGCUGCCGCUGUUGCUGUGCAGGGCUCAGGUUGGGCCUGGCUUGGUUAUAACAAGAAAACUAAAACUCUGCGAGUCGCUGCCUGUCCAAAUCAAGAUCCAUUAGAAGCUACGACCGGAUUAGUUCCUUUGCUUGGUAUAGAUGUUUGGGAACACGCUUAUUAUUUACAAUACAAGAAUCUGCGACCAAAUUACGUCGAUGCUAUUUGGGACGUCGUUAAUUGGAAAGACAUUUCGGAGCGUUUGGCAAAAGCAAAAUGAAGUUUAGAUUUGUGUGAGAUAAGUUUUAAUGUUGUAAUUUACUACUGAAACACAUUAUCAAACAAAUGCAAAGUAUAGCUUGGUAAAAUCGA